CUGGUAGGGCGGCCAGUCACUCCCUCCCGGCACCUCCCAUGGGCACUGGGUACAGCCGAGCGUUACCUGGUCCCCGGCAGCAGAGUUCUCUACCCGCCCCAGUUCUGGUUCUAACGUCCCAUCCCAUCCUGCAAAUUUAGGGCUUGGGUCUUGGCUUGUUCCCCUCCUGCCAGAACUACCUCUUCUCCGAGCCGAGCCAAGCCAGCUAACUGGGCUCCUGGAAUUGCCACUCCUCUGCGGGCAUCCUUGAGGUCUCCAUGGGGGGAUGUCACGGGGCAGAGCGGGACGUGAGCCUGCAUUUGCUGCAGGCAUGCUCUGUGUGGUGGCUGGGCUCUGCCAAUCCCCGGGCCCACCGCUUGGGCGCCGCGGGGAAGCUCCCGCCCCUCCCUGCUGAUCGGCGUCAGGCGUGACGUCCCGUGUGACGGCUGGGAGGGCCGGGCGGAGGCAGCGGAGACAGCCGAGGCAGAGAGGAAGGCGGUUCUGAGAGCUUCAGAGAGCCCUGGAAAGCAAAAUGGGUGAACUGCCUGUAGACAUCAACAUCCAGGAACCUCGCUGGGACCAAAGUACUUUCCUGGGCAGAGCCCGGCACUUUUUUACUGUUACUGAUCCUCGAAAUCUGCUGCUGUCUGGGGCACAGCUGGAAGCUUCUCGGAACAUUGUGCAGAACUACAGGGCCGGUGUGGUGACCCCAGGGAUCACUGAGGACCAGCUGUGGAGGGCCAAGUAUGUGUAUGACUCCGCCUUCCAUCCGGACACAGGGGAGAAGGUGGUCCUGAUUGGCCGCAUGUCAGCCCAGGUGCCCAUGAACAUGACCAUCACCGGCUGCAUGCUCACCUUCUACAGGAAGACCCCAACUGUGGUGUUCUGGCAGUGGGUGAACCAGUCCUUCAAUGCCAUCGUUAACUACUCCAACCGCAGUGGCGACGCUCCCAUCACCAUGGGGCAGCUGGGGACAGCCUAUGUGAGUGCCACCACUGGAGCUGUGGCCACGGCCCUGGGACUCAAAUCCCUCACCAAGCACCUGCCCCCCUUGGUCGGCAGAUUUGUGCCCUUUGCAGCAGUGGCAGCUGCCAACUGCAUCAACAUCCCCCUGAUGAGGCAGAGGGAGCUGCAGGUGGGCAUCCCGGUGACUGACGAGGCAGGUCAGAGGCUUGGCUACUCUGUGACCGCAGCCAAGCAGGGAAUCUUCCAGGUGGUGAUUUCAAGAAUCUGCAUGGCGAUUCCUGCCAUGGCCAUCCCCCCACUGAUAAUGGACACUCUGGAGAAGAAAGACUUUCUGAAGCGCCGCCCCUGGCUGGGGGCACCACUGCAGGUGGGACUGGUAGGCUUCUGCCUAGUAUUUGCGACCCCCCUGUGCUGUGCCCUAUUCCCCCAGAAGAGCUCCAUACACGUGAGCAAGCUGGAACCAGAGCUGAGAGCUCAGAUCCAUGAGCAAAACCCCAGCGUUGAAGUGGUCUACUACAACAAGGGGCUUUGAGGAGGGUCAGCCUCUGUCCCCUCCCUCACCUCCUUGGGCUAUUGCUUUAGUGGAGUCAUGUCACCCCUGCCACUUGCCUAUCUGCCUGGCACUGGGCAGGGGCCUUGGUGGGCAGAUGGCCAUUGAGGGUAGCUAUCUAUUAGGCUGGGGAAGAUACCUCCAUAAGGCUUUUCCUCCCCUCUCUGGUUGCAAAGAGCAGAGCACAUAACCCCUCCUUCCUGUGCUUGAGUGUCCACGCAUAUAAUACAUGAUACAUGUGUGUAUGUGGACGUUGGGUCCUAAAAGCUAAGAGCAGGCAUGCUAUCCUGGUAUGUUCUGACAUCUGACUUCCUUCUCAGCCUCACGUCCACCUGCCUGCCAGCCAGCCUACAGGUGGGACUUCCUUCUCUAAACUCUUAUACCAGCCAAGUUCUUUUUGGUGGUACCUCAUCCCUUCUAGACAUAGUAGGAGCCCCAGGACCUCAGGACAGAGACUUGGAGACAUUAGCAGGCCAAAGUGGGCUGAAUCCUUCAGGUUUCUGAUACCUAGCUCCCCAAACCAACUGGGCUGGCAGAGGAAGACAUGUUGGGAUAAGGGAGGCAGGGGACUUAGGCAUUCCUUAGUGCUAUCGCCUGUAUCCUGGAACAACUCCAUUUCCCCUCCUCCUCUCUACCGGACAAAGGAGCGCCUGCGUCCUGUACUGCCCUUGCUGUCUCCCCCACCACCCCACCCUGCAGCAUGGGCAUCUUCAAGGGCAGUCUUGGGAGCUCCUGGUGUGUUCUGACAUCAUGACCUCAAAUCUAAAUCCUAUAAUCCCAACUCCCUUCCCCAGCCAAAAAGGCACAAAGGCAGAGCAAGCAUUCCCCUUUAAGAGCUCCUACUGCACCCCUCCUGAAGGACACAGCUAUAGGAAUGGUGCUUAAACUCCAUAGGUAUCAGAGAGGGUGUAACUACCACAUCCUCAAAGGCAACUACGCCCCAAAUGUACAAUGUUAAGACAGGGAAUUUUGUGUUCCAUUGUCUCGUCUUUUUUUUUUUUUUU